AUGACGUGGCUCUUCUGUGGCCCGCUGCUGUUGGGACUCCUCUCCUACCCUGAUGUCCUGACAGCAGCUAUGAACUCUGCCUGGCGACGCAGCCGCUCGGAGUGGAUCUACAAGGAGGAGCGCGGAGCGACCCAAACCGAACACAUGGCUCCCACCCAAGCCCAUGCGGUGGCCCAGCAAGGACAGCAGGUCCCUGUGGCCACCUACACUGACCACAGGAUGCUGACUGCUGAUGAAGACUCGCCUUCCUCUCCAGAGGACACCUCUUACGAGGACUCCGAGAUACUCCACUCCACAGCCGCUGACGAGGUCACAGCCCAUCUGGCUGCUGCCGGUCCUGUGGGGAUGGCUGCCGCUGCUGCUGUGGCCACAGGGAAGAAACGGAAUCGGCCUCACGUGUUUGAGUCUAAUCCAUCCAUCCGGAAGAGACAGCGAACACGCAUGCUUCGGAAACUUCGAGCCACAUUAGAGGAAUAUACGACUCGAGUGGGACAGCAAGCUAUUGUCCUCUGUGUCUCACCCUCCCCGCCCACCCCGGUGUUUAAAGUGUUCGGUGCGGCGCCGUUGGAGCAGGUGGUGCGUAAGUACCAGAGCGCGAUCCUGGGCGACCUGGAGUGCGCCCUGGCGCAGCACGCCCCUGGGCCGCAGGAGGGGAACCCGGAGCUGCCGCCGCUCGCCAUCGACGGAAUUCCCGUCUCUGUGGAUAGAAUGACCCAGGCCCAGCUUCGGGCAUUUAUCCCAGAGAUGCUCAAGCACUCCACGGGUCGGGGGAAACCAGGUUGGGGCAAAGAACGCUGCAAGCCCAUCUGGUGGCCUGAAGAUAUCCCGUGGGCGAACGUCCGGAGGGAUGUCCGCACAGAAGAGCAAAAGCAGAGGGUUUCAUGGACCCAAGCACUCCGGACCAUAGUUAAAGACUGUUAUAAACAGCAUGGGCGGGAGGACCUUUUGCACGCUUUUGAAGAUCAGCAAACCCAAGCGCAGGCCGCAGCCACACACAGUGUAGCCCAUCUCGUUCCAUCACAGACCGUCGUCCAGACCUUUCGGAACCCUGAUGGCACCGUCUCCCUUAUCCAGGUUGGCACAGGGGCAACAGUAGCCACAUUGGCUGAUGCUUCGGAGUUGCCAACCACAGUCCCUGUUGCCCAGACGAAUGAUUCUGCUGUGGCAGACGGAGAGGUGGAACAAAACUGGGCCGUGUUACAAGGAGGUGAGAUGACCAUCCGGACGACACAAGCUUCAGAGGCCACACAGGCAGUGGCAUCAUUGGCAGAGGCCGCAGCGGGAGCUUCUCAGGGGAUGCAACAGGGAGCUACCGUCACCGUGGCGCGCAACAGUGAGGCUGUCGCCACAUUGGCCGAAGCCACCUUGCAAAGCGGGGGACGCAUCGUCCUGUCUGGGGAAACCGCAGCAGCCGUUGCAGCACUCACUGGAGCCCAAGACGCUAAUGGACUGGUCCAGAUCCCUGUGAGCCUGUACCAAACUCUGGGAACCAGCCUCACCCAAGGCAACGGGCCCACCAGGACAGCAGGCAGCACAGUCAGCACGGACGGCCAGGCGGUGGAAGUGAUGACGUUGGAACAGUGA